GCGCCAUGGCCGUGGCUCGGCGCAGGGUGGCGGUUGGGCUGGGGGUGGCCGGGGCGGCCUGCGCCCUCCUGGGGGUCUGUCUGCUGGUGGUGGGGCCCAUCAUCGUCAAGGAUCAGGUCAUCAAGACACAUGACCAUGUUUGCUUUGACCUACAAGUAGCUUAAUUCUGAGGCUGCCCUGUGAAGCAGAUCUUACUUAGCAGUGUCUGUGGAGUACCUGGAGCUGCUGUGUGCAGAUGGGAGAGGGCUGAGAAAGGCAGCAGGGAGCUGGGAUGCAGCUCCAUCCAACUGGAACGUCAGGAUUGACCCCAACAGCAUCUCCUUCAGCAUGUGGAAAGACAUUCCCGUUCCUUUCUACCUGUCGGUGCACUUCUUCGAAGUGCUGAACCCCAAGGAGGUCCUUCAGGGCGCGAAGCCGGUGCUGAACGAGCGUGGACCCUACGUUUACAGAGAGUACAGGUAUAAAACAAAUAUCACAUUCCAUGACAAUGACACCGUCUCUUUCAUGGAGUACCGGAGACUCUUCUUCCAGCCAGACUUGUCCAACGGUACAGAAGAAGACUACGUUGUUAUACCAAACAUUAUGUUGAUGGGAGCAGCUGUAAUGAUGGAAAACCUGCCAAACUUUGUGAAGGUUAUACUAAGUGGAGCCUUGGCUGGCCUGAGACAGGAGGCGUUCAUGAACCGGACGGUGGGGGAGAUCAUGUGGGGGUAUGACGACCCUCUUGUAGACACAAUCAAUGCGAUUGUCCCAGGCCUCAUCCCUUUCAAGGGGAAAUUUGGCUUAUUUAUAGAGUUUAACAGCUCCAGUUCAGGACUGUUCACAGUGAACACGGGCAUGAAGAACAUCAGCAGAGUUCACAUGGUGGAUACGUGGAAUGGACUGAAGAUGGUGAACUACUGGCGGAGCAACGAGUGCAACAUGAUCAAUGGGACGGCAGGGGAGAUGUGGCCACCGUUCAUGUCCCCAACAUCGCUGGAGUUCUACAGCCCUGAUGCCUGCAGAUCCAUGACGCUGGUGUAUGAGCAGUCCGGGAAGUUCAAGGGUGUGCCCACCUAUCGCUUUGUGGCACCCAAAACCCUCUUUGCCAAUGGCACAGAGUAUCCACCCAACGAGGGCUUCUGCCCCUGCUUGCAGUCCGGCAUCCUCAACGUCAGUUCCUGCAGGCACAAUGCACCGAUGUUCAUUUCCCAUCCUCACUUCUACAACGCCGACCCAAGCCUGCUGAACGCUGUGGAAGGUCUGCAGCCCAGCAAGGACAAGCAUGGGCUCUUCCUUGACAUCCACCCGAUGACGGGCAUCCCCAUGAAUUGUUCCAUCAAGCUCCAGCUGAACCUGUACAUAAAGCAGGUGGUGGGUAUCAUACAAACAGGGAAGAUUAAGCCGGUGGUCCUGCCACUCCUGUGGUUUGGAGAGAGCGGAUACAUCGAAGGCUCCGUCCUGAGGCAGUUUUACACCAACCUGGUGCUGAUCCCAUCCGUGCUGGAAUACCUGCAGUAUAUCUUCCUUGGGCUGAGUGUCCCGCUCAUUAUCUCAGCAGUUGUACUCCUGGCAAUGAGUCAGAGAACGGCCACCAAGAAGAGCCCGAGCGACCCCACCACACCGAGCGAACCGCCCCCCUCCUCCGAGACAACGCCGCUGCUGCACGACACCGGCACGCUGAGCCCGGACGACCAUGACGCCUGAGCCACCAGCCGCGGCACGCUUCCCGCUGGGACACCUCCCUGCUGGGGACGAGACCUGCUCUGGAUCCCCACAGGUCUCUGGAAGGUGAAGUCGUCCUGGGCAGCUCAGCGGAGACCCUGCACACCACGGGCCAGCACUCCUGCACCGGGGCACCGGAGACCCCCUUCAGGCACCCAAAACACAGUGUUCUAGAGCCCUUGUCCCCAAGGGGCUGGCCUUUGCCUCUGUCCCUGUGGGUCAGCGAGAAUGAAGAUGGUUGCUGGCUGAUCCGAGAAGUUAUUUUGCAAUUUAAAACUGCCUAUUGCUGGGAAUAAAAGGCACUUUAACAGGAGCCUUCAAAAUAAAUGAGGUUUGUAUAUGGAGCACUGAUGGGAUUUAGUGAUCUUUUUAAAAGCCGCUGUUCAUCUCACGCAAAUGGGGCUUGCUCUCCUGAAGCCACUUAUGGUUUUAUUACUACUUGAUGUGACUGGACUACACCGCAAAUCAAUUCCGGGCGCUGUCACGUCAGUGAUGGCGCUUCCCAGGGUAACCCGGAGCCUGCCUGGGGUUGCUCCAGCCUUGGCGUGUGUUGGAGAGGACAGUGGUGACUUUUAAAAACUCUGUGCCAUGACCUUGCGUUCCAGUGCUUCCAGCCCAUUUACUUCGCCUCUCCUCGCUUUAGGUGACUGCACGAGAUGAGCCGUGCCAAAAAUCUCGCUGGUACAUCUGACCUGUCACUCAGCUCCUGACAGUUGUCCCGCUCGGCCAUCCAGGGUCAGCUCUUCUGGCUGUGAGUGCUGGGAGGCCAUCGUGUCACCCUGGCCAUGCCACCUGCACACGGGAUGGGAACCGGCAGGAGCUUGAGCCUGUUCUUGAGCGUUAACAAAGAUACUUGUGCUUUGGAGAUGGAGGAAGCUAUGUGCAAUCACGAAAGUAAUGACAGCAUUAGUAGGUUUUGGUUAAAAUAUUGCAGAUUUCUGAAAUGAUGUCCAGGGGCUGGAUGUUAACUGGGGAUGGGUGGAUUGGGGUCACUUUUUAAUGGGAAAGAAGCCCGAAGCCCAGGGCUUUUCUUGGCUAACUGCCUAUCAGUGAUUGUCUACGACACCUGCCUUUCCUGCUUCCAGCCAGGAGCCGGGGCGGCCCUUGGGAAAACCAAAGGGGCCAGUGCUGAUGCCUCUGGCAAGGACAAAACAGAGUGUGUAUGGAUCUCUGGACCUCUUGGACCAGAGGAUUUGUUGCGCUGUGUGCGGCAUAGAUGCUGUUGUGCUCUGGAGACCUUUGCAAUUGUCUAGGACAGCCCUGUGAUGUUCCAGUGGGGUCAGCAAUGCUUUUCUCUUGCACUUCUGUCCCUCUUACUAGGCAGGAAGAACCCAGGAGCUACAACCAACCCCAGCAGUUACUGUGCUGGUCGGUUCCUUUCAUGUUCCUAGUCCUGCAGCUGGGAUUAGUCUGUUUUAUCAUGGGAACCGUUGUGAUACAGCCCAGGCCACGAAGGGGAAGGGGAGCAGCUACCACAGAACCUGGUCCAUGGGCUGGGUUUGCCUGGAUGCCCAAAGCGUGUCCCACAGUGAGGACGGGGUGAGCCAAGUCCCACCCUGUGGCCAGGACUGCUGGAUUAUUUCCGUGGCACGAGUCCUCGCUGAGGGCGAUGCUUAAACUACCGCUGUCAGCUCUCUCUGGCCCUGAAUCCAAAAUUGUCCCCUUGCAACAGCGCUCACAACCGACAGCCACAGCAAGUGACAGUGGGGACAGGCCAGAGGCACCGGCUCAGGUGCUGUAGGACACUUGACCUGUCACCUCACACCAGUAAGACCCAGCGGCGUUUGGCAAAACUAAUGGUAGAUCAGAGACAACCCACCCUUGGGCUCACCCGCUUGAGGCUUUAAUGACGUUCUGGUGCUAAUUGCUGUUGUUCAGGUGAAAACGAAUAAAAUACUAGAAUGGUGGUCCUA